AUGGCAGCAUGCGUUCGGGACCUUAGCACAUCGCUCGAGUCAACCAAGUCUCCAAAUGAUCGUAACAGCUACCGUCUCAUCCGUUUGGGAAACGGGAUCGAAGCCCUCCUGGUGUCCAACUCCGACGAACAGAAGCAGAAGUCUGCCUGCGCAUGCAGCAUACAGGUUGGCUCUUUCAGUGAUCCUGGUCAUUGUCAGGGCCUGGCGCACUACUGCGAACACAUGAUUUUCCUGGGAAGCAAGCGCUACCCGGGCGAGGCACAGUUCGAGGAGUUCCUGUCCGAGAACGGAGGGGAGUCCAAUGCCUACACGGAGUGCGAGUACACCUGCCUCUACUUCGACGUGAAUCGCAAGGCCCUCCACCAUGCCUUGAAAAUGUUCGCAGAGCUUCUGCAUGAGCCGCUCUUCACACAAGAUGCAUCUGCAAGGGAGCUCCAGGCUAUCGAGUCUGAGUUUCAGAAGAAGCGAAGAAGCGACCAUGUCCGUGGAGAGACCUUGUUCGCCAGCUUCGCCUCACCGGGGCAUCCUUGGAGGAGCUUCGGCUGGGGCAAUCUGCAAAGUCUCGAUGCCGAUCCCAAAGCCCAGGGAGUUGACCUCCACGCAGAGCUGAGACAUUUCUUCAGUCGUCACUACAAGGCUUGCAGAAUGCGGCUGAGUGUUUUUGGCAUCGAAAGCCUGGACUCAUUAGAACUCGCUGUUGUCGAUGCCUUCUCGGUCAUUCCUCCGUCUGAUGUGGAGCUGCUGGACUUUGAAGCUCAUGGCCUGCCUUUGUGCGUCCAGGACUUGCCGCGGUUGGUGCGUGUACGUCCGAUAUGUGAUGGACAUGUGCUGUGGUUGAGCUGGCAACUGCCUUCACAACUCAAGCACUACAAGAGUAAGCCAGAAAGCUACCUCAGCAGUCUCAUAGGUGAUGAGGGACAUGGGUCGAUCCUGUCCUAUCUGAAAGACAUAGGUUGGGCCACGGAUCUUUGCGCAGGCGCAGGAGGUGAUAAUUUCAGCCACAGCAGUAAUUCCAUGAUAUUCACCAUUGAAAUCACCCUGACGGUCAAUGGCCUUGGCCAUUGGACGGAGGUGGUGGCGACUGUGUUCCAAUACCUGGACAUGCUCAGGAGUUAUCCUGACGGUGACCUGCCGUCGUACCUCUAUGAAGAGAAGAAGCUGAUGGCAGAAUGUUCAUUCAGGUUUUUGCAGGAGAAGGAUCCUGGGGACCUGGUCAUCGAUCUGAGUGAGCGCAUGCUGCCGUUCUACCGCCAUGAGGCAGAUCAUCUGCUGACGGCGCCGUGGAUAUAUUCUGGCUUCAGAGAGGACCUCGUGAGGUCCAUAUUGAACUUGCUUACAGUUCGCGGAUGUUUUUUCAUGCUGAUGAGCAGCUCCUAUGGCAGAGCAGGUGGCCUGGAUGCCGUCAAUGAAGACACCCCUCAAGAAGGGGAGCCGUGCAUGGAAGAUGUCGCUGUCGGACAGGGACAUGUUGAUCGACAUUUUGUCGAGUUGGCUGGAUGUGAACCGAAGGUGGAACCCUACUUCGGAACCGAAUACUGGGACUCCCCGCUUGAAGAGACACUCCUCUUGAGCUGGGAAUCGCUGCAUACGGCAGAGAAGCUGCACGUUCCACCUCCGAACCCUUUCAUCGCCACUGACUUCUCCAUUCUGCAGCAGUUCACUACUGUGGAGGAGUUCCCACAACCCAAGACAGGCUACGCGAGUUUCCCAACGGUGAGAAGGCUUCUGCCGUCUCCUGAACUUCUCAGAUCCCACGCUGCAGGCCUGAAACUGUGGCAUCUGCCUUGCGCAGAUCGGUUCAGGCAGCCGCGCAGCCAAGUCUCAGUGAAGAUGCACUCACCCUACUACUCGCUGGACGCGGGCAAUGUGCAGAAAGGGGCGCUGCUGGAACUCUAUGCACUAUGCUUCAAUGACAGCUUGAAUGAGAUGCUUUAUGCGGCUGGAAAGGCGAGACUGCACUGCGCGGUGAACAGUACAAGCUAUGGCCUGACAAUCAAAGCUGGAGGCUUCAGUCAGAAGCUUUUACGACUGGUGGAGACAACGUUGUGUGGUCGAAAGCUGGAGAAGUACAAACCAGACCGCUUCCUGGCGAUGCACGAGGCGCUGCUCAGAAGCUACCGGAAUUCAUGGUUGAAGCCGCAGGCGCACUGUUCAGAUCUUCGCAAGCUUCUGCUGAUGCCAUCAAUGCCCAGACCCUCAGGGAAGGAGGCGCAACUGAACUCCUGCGGAUCUGAGCAGCUCAUGGCCUUCGUCCAGAACUUCAAUUCUGUAAUGGGGUGUGAGCUGUUGGUUUCUGGGAAUACGCCGGCAGAGGAGUUGAUGGGCUGGGCAGGAACAGUCUUUGAUGGCUACAGGUUGGAACCUCAGGCAAAGCUAGAGGUGGAUGUGGUACAGCUUCCUGUGGGAUCGGCGACAGUAUGGCUGCAAUCUGCAGUCGACGCCACGCAGUCGAACUCUGCAGUCGAGAUCUAUUUUCAAUUGCCUGAGCGGGACACGUGGCAGUGGCAGGAGGACCGGGUUCGUGUCAGGGUGGUUCUGGCCUUGUUGGAAGACGUCAUGUAUGAGAGCCUCUUCGAUGAGCUGCGAACGAAGCAGCAGCUUGGAUACAGUGUUGGAUGCAGUAUGCGUGACACAUAUGGCGUGCCAGGAUUUAGCAUAUACAUCCUCAGCGCUGUCCAGAUGCCACCGAUUCUAGUGGAACGAGCUAUGCAGUUUUUGCAGGAUUUCGGGCAACAAAUGCGACAGUGGCAGAGCAACAAGUUUGAGAGCCACAUCGUUGCGCUUGCAGGAAGAUGGCUGGAACCGAAGAGGACGCUGGGCGAAGCUCAUGGUGCAUGCUGGUCUGAGAUCAGCUUUGGCUUUCCUGUCUUCGACCGCUCGGAGCGCGAAGUCGCGAUACUGGGAAGCCUGAAACAGGAAGAGCUCUUGAAACUCUUCGAGUUGCAUUUGGCACCAGGUGGCUCUGGUCGGGCCUGCAUUGUCACAGCGGUAGUGCCAUCAGCAGAUGAGCUGCAGCUACCGGCUCUAUGUGAAUCUAUUUCCAAAUUUCACUUGGCAGUUUCCACAGUCCAGUGUGAGGGGGAGUUCCACUCGAGGAGUCACUUCUAUCGCCGCCGCAGAGAUGGAAGUCCGUUUACAGAAGCAGGCUCGUUUGGCCAGACCCUUGAGACCUACAACUCGAACAACUGGCCGAAGUUUCAGGGUGCUUGGAUCCAAUACGAGGACCUCAAGAGGGCCAUCUCGGUUUACACUGGGCAGGACAAAGACAAUGCGACUGUUGAGUCAGUCACGCACUGGUCAUCUUCAUUCCUUCGACUAGGCCCCAAUCCAGAGCUGCCUCCGGAGGCUCGCCUGAAUGACAUCCUGACCGCGGAGUUGUCCCGCAUUGGCAAGUUUGUCCAAACCGAAGAGGCGCGCAUUCAUCGGAACCUGGAUGCCUUGAAGCAGGAUGUUCUGGCCAGCAAGCCGCUCGAGGAAUUGUGCCGAAGGCUAGAGGAGGUGGGCACGGACAUCAGCGAUUUGAAGUUUUUCGUGCAACAGAACUUCACUGGCUUCAGAAAAGCAUUGAAGAAGUACGAGAAGUCAAGCAAGAAAUUCAUCAUGCAGUGGUUCAUGACUCAGGUGGCGAAAGCCCCUCUCAUGGCGACGGACUUUGACAACAUGCUGGGAAAGUUUGGCGACAUUGCCCAGAUUCUACGAAGCAAGGCGCUUGCUUCCGUUGGUGCCGCGCCGCUGGAGCCUCAGACUUCAGCCUUGAGCAGGGCAAGGUACAGUGAUGUCAAACACAGUCUCUCUGGUGCAGAUGAUCGUCCAGGAUCCUCGCUUGAGAGCACCUACCUGCUGGAAGCAAAGUCUGCUAUGAAGUUCCGAGUAAAGCUGGCAGCCUUCAUGGUGCCAAAGAAUAUUGCUCAGGAUGUUCCUGCCGUUGGCGCUGGCGCGAAAGCGCCGAGACCCAAGACGACCUCGGUUUUUCUCGACACGCCGGACUUCAAGGUCUACAAUGAUGUGCUCCAGUCCAACCAGAGCAUGUCGCCAAGUGCUGCGAUGCACAUUCGAAGAAGUGAUCCAAAUCAAGUCGCGUGCGUCGUGUAUCAGGCGAAAGGAGACAAGAAGAGAACCGAAGUACUCAUCAGGAGUGAUGAGGUGGCACGGUUGUUGAAGGGACAGGUCCCAAGCACCGUCUUGGAUGCUCGGGCUAUUGGAGUGCGUGGUGUGAUUGGUAGUGACCCUCCAGCUGACAAGCUAGUGGGAACUUCCAAAAUGCAGGAGGUAACAAGAACAUUUGGGAAUACAUUGGUUCCGAUGGCAGAGGCGAGCUACAGUCGCUCUAUCUUGCAGGAUGAUUGUGGCAUUGUUGUCAUCCUUGAUGAGGAAGUGCGUUUCGGUAAAAUCAAGGAAUGGGACUCAGGCAGCCCGACUUCUGUGGACUUUUUUCCAUACGUGGCCUGGGCCAUGGAGAUAGAAGCUCUGGAGCUCUUGCCUGUGGCCAGCAUUUUGANNGAAGGAGUCUUCCUGGCCAAGGCGAACGGCUUUUCAAAAGGAGCCCAUGCCAUAGCCCGCUUCCAUGCAUUGGGGCUGAAGCUGCAAAUGCCACACUGGUAUGCAAAUGUUUACUCCGAUCUGCAGGACAAUGAGGAGAACGAG